AUGAGCACCGCGGCCCCAAGUCCGUACGAAAUUCAAGUGCUGACUUCUCUCGAAACCCACGAGUUUGUAAAGCCGACUAAAAAGAUCAAUGACGAGCACGAUGUAUUAACCUUCCAUACCUCGGAAGCCUACCGUGACAUUUGCCUGCUUAUCUUGCAGCUGAACAUGGCCAUGUGCCCUCGAAAGCCAAAGUCUACUCUCGGAAAGUGUCAAACUUGGGAACUUGAUACACCCAUUGAGUUACAGCGACCAGUACGUCGAUUACAGCAAUUAUUGCAAAGAUGCAACGAAAUUAUUGACGAGGUGCCGCCCGACACUGGACCUCGAAGAUUUGGUAACGCGAGCUUCCGGAAAUGGCAUGAGAUCUUGGAACUGCGAGCCCGAAGUCUUUUGCAAGAAUAUCUACCGCCAUCAGUGCUUAAAUGUGGCAGCGGUAGUGGCAAUGGUGACGAUGGGAAGGUUUCUGUUCUUGAUGAACUGACGCCUUAUUUCAUGGGUAGCUUCGGCAGCUCACAACGGCUGGAUUACGGCACUGGACAUGAGCUGAGCUUUCUGGCAUUUUUAGGAUGUAUAUGGAAGCUUGGUGGCUUUAGUGAUGAAGAAGCAGAGACUAUAACUACAUCGCGGAAUAUCGUGAUUGGCGUGAUGGAGCCCUAUUGGCGUGUAAUCCGACGACUUAUCUUGACUUACACUCUUGAGCCGGCUGGGUCUCAUGGAGUGUGGGGCUUGGAUGAUCAUUCAUUCAUUCCGUAUAUAUUUGGCUCAUCUCAGUACUGCCCUGCUAUUGAUGAGAACGAAACGAUGCCAGAAGAGGGCUCGUAUCCAGAUACGCCAAGCCCGACCAGCAUUUCCAAGAAGCCUAUUGUAGAUAUAGAAAGAGAGCGCAACAUGUUUUUCUCAGCUGUAGGCUUUAUAAAUGAUGUCAAGACGGGACCAUUUUGGGAGCACAGCCCGAUGCUAUUCGACAUAUCUGGUAUACGCGCUGGCUGGGGCAAAAUCAACAAGGGCAUGAUAAAAAUGUACAACGCAGAAGUUCUAUCCAAAUUUCCAGUAAUACAGCAUUUUCCAUUUGGCUCAUUGUUUAGAUGGGAUCAGGAGCUACAAAUAGAGGCUACCAAUACACGGAGCUAUCGGCCAAACAUAUUUCGAAUGGAAGCAAGCAAGGAACCUCGUGCUCACGGCUUGUCGCAAACCGACAAGCAGACCAAUGUAGCAGCAACAUGGGUGUCUCCUGCGGUAAGCCGAGCAGGAGGAAGACAAAACUACUAG